AUGGGCGAUACUCUCAAGGAUGCGCCCGAAUUCUUCGAGCACGACGUCGGCUCCUCGCUCAUCUCUCGGACAGAGCAACUAGGCACCUUUCGGGAGCUGGGCCCGCCUGAUCUCUGUCACGUCGUCAAAACUACUGGCCGCUCAGGCAGCAAAGAUCUUGGAUCAUUCCAUUACGUAUCUGGUGUUACCGCGACUUCGUCAGCCUCGCUAGCAGCGUAUCUCAAUUCACUCACCUACACCAUCGAUGGCGUUCCAUCUUGGCUGGGUGGAAAGUCUCGUAGCGACUGGAAGAUCAAAACGGGCUGCUACUGCUGCUUCAAUGCCUUUUCUCGCGUCGACGUGAGAGUGGAGGUCAAGAUACCCGGCGGCGUAGAUGCUUACGUUAUCGACUUGCGAGGCGAGAGGCACGAUCCAACGCCGCAGAUUUGGACAGAAGUUUAUCUCUCCUCAAUUCUUCGCGCCAUCCUCUACGCUGAUGAUCCGGCGUACCGGCUUGCGGGAUACAAGAAACUCGAUCCCAUACGCGACAUCGAAGACGAGCAUCGUUUCGUCGCUGCAGCCGAGCAAUGCUUCUCUCAAGGCUGGCUACUAGGCAGCGAUCCCGAGAUACAAGUCGCAACAUCUACGAGCAAUCACCUUACUUCUGCCAUCAUGAAGUACUUUGGCGACUCUUAUAGAUGGGAGCCAGCCAUUAACUUGUUCGAAAAGCUGGUCGUGCGCGAUGGCGAGGUAGCCAGCCUGCUCGCAAAGGCAUAUAUCUCAAUGGACGAAGAAAUCAAGGGCAUUCAGGUCUUACACCGCGCACUGCAAGACCACCCCCAAUCAUACCCACUCCUCCAUGUACAGACCGACUUUUUGCGCUCAAAGGGCGAGCAUGCCUGGGCGCUCAGGCUGGCCACAAAGGCUGUCAACUGCGCCCCGUCGGAAUACGUGACGUGGGCCAAAUUGACAGACGUCCACAUGGAUCUCAAGCAGUGGAAGGAGGCUCUCCUUACGCUCAAUUCCUGUCCUAUGUUUACCUACAACGACCGAGAUCUGCAUCGCAUGGGCACGCCUGCGCGGACACAUUUGCCGAUAAAGCAGUUCAUUGCAGAUUCCGACAUACUUGACGACGAUGACGACAACAACGAGGCUGACAUUGCUCUGUUACGAUUACCAGCGCCUUCGCUCAAGGGAACCUUCGCGCACGCCUACGCGCUGCUGUCUCGACUAGUCAGCGUGAUCGGGUGGGACGAAUUGCUCAAGUGCAGGAGCGAAGUCUUCGUCAUGGAAGCCGAGUACGCCGAGCAUAGAGCACAGCAGACCGGCCCCAGGCGGGGUAGCGCAGCCCUGCUGAAUGGAUCGACUGCGGACAGCAUUGCAGGUAGCGAAGAAGCCGAUGAUGAUGCGUCGACCCAUGGACUCAAAAUGAGCGAUACAGCCGAUACGUCACUCGCAGCGCCAGACAUACCCGACAUCAGCGUAUCAUCAGAUCUCGAAGAUCAUUCUGUCGACGCUGUCCGGAAAGGUUCCGCUGGCGAGCUGUCAGGUCAGGCAGAUGGCAUCACGCCACCUGUACAGGCGGUGCACGAUGACAAAACGGACAGAUCGGACGCCGCUGACACCUUUGCGCAAGAUGCUUCGCCUAUUGCCGGGUCCUCCUUCCAGAACAAACGACUAUGCGAGCGAUGGCUUGACAACCUCUUCAUGGUACUCUAUGAAGAUCUGAGAGUCUAUACGAUCUGGAGAGCAGAGCUAGCUCACUUCAAGGCUCAACAGCUAACGUAUCGCAAGACCGGUACCGAAUGGGAAAUCCUUGGCGAACUCGCGCAAAGACUGCACCACAAGGAAGAAGCGAAAGAGGCCUACGAGCGCGCGACUCAGCACAAGUUCAGCGCGAAAGCAUGGACAAAGUUGCUCGAGUUCUACGCGGAUGAGCGUGAUGUGCCGAGAUCUCUGGCAGCUGUGGUACGCCUGGCGACAUAUCAGCAUCGCUGGUACAUGGAGAUGUCGUAUCCUACGACGGUGGCGCAGCAGCUGAUCAAACUGAUCAGAUCAGAGGGCGUGUCGAAACUGAGCUACUCGCUCGUGUCGAUGAACCUACAACCCCAGAUCCUGGCGCUCUGUCAAGGCUACUUCCGCUAUGCUUCGACGUUCCGCGUAGAAGGCGCUGUGGUAGGCUUUGCAAGUCAGUGCAUGCUUCGACUGGUCAACAGGAGACUAGGCAUAGCCAAGCGAUCGCCUCUGCAGACGUACAGACCCGCACGAGGGCCCAGACGAUCGAUGGCAACUGCAUUGUCCUACGAUGCUCCCAAGACGCUAGGCAACUUUGAUCUCACCAAUGGGCCUCUCGAUCUUCGGCAAGAGCUUGGUAGGGACAUCAAGCUAUCCAAAUGGGUCUCUCGCAAGUCUGGCCUGCGAGUCGUUCACGUCGAUGUCGAAGGGCCACUCGUACAAGGCUACCUGACAGUGGCGACAGAGAUCCACGACGAUAGCGGCUGCCCCCACACCCUCGAGCAUCUCGUCUUCAUGGGCAGCGAACGCUUUCCCUACAAAGGCAUCCUCGACAGUCUCGCCAAUCGCUCGAAUGGCAAUGGCACGAACGCAUGGACCGACACGACUCAUACUGCUUAUACUGCUAGUACAGCAGGUAGCGAUGGCUUCUUGCGGCUACUGCCGAUCUAUCUUGAUCAUGUGCUUUACCCGACGCUCACUGAUAGCGGCUUCACGACCGAAGUCUAUCAUCUCAACGGAAAGGGUGAAGAUGCGGGCGUGGUGUACAGUGAGAUGCAAGGCAGAGAGAACGGCAGUGGCGACCUCAUGUCACUCAAGCUACAACGGGCACUGUAUCCCAAGGGCUCAGGCUAUCGCAGCGAAACUGGCGGGCUGAUGGAGGCUCUGCGCAUACUGACUAUAGAUCAAAUCCGCGAUUACCACCACUCGUACUAUGUACCGCAUAAUCUCGUGCUCAUCAUCACCGGCAAAGUUGCGCCCACCGAAUUGCUGCAGACUCUUCAAGACACCAUCGAGCCAAGCAUAGAGAAGCACGGACAAGCCCAGGGCGUGAGACCGCCGGGAUUCAAGCGGCCCUGGCUUGAGACGACUUCGAAGGGCGGCGCAGUCCUAGACAGCACACGGUCUGAAGAAAUCUCGUUCCCCGAGCAGGACGAGUCAAGCGGCGAGGUCCUGCUCAGCUGGCUCGGUCCACCUCGUGAUGACUUCUUGUCAGAAAAGGCGCUCGAUAUCCUCAGCACAUAUCUGUCUGACUCACCCGUCUCGCCCAUCUACCGCGAUUUGGUUGAGAUCGAAGAGCCACUCGCCACGGAUCUUGGCUUCUACGUCUCGGACCAGGAGAAGCAUGUGCUCAAUGUUUACGCGACGUCAGUGCCGACAGAGAAGCUGAACACCGUCAAGGACAAGGUCAUCGAGGUCUUCCGUAGAGUCGUAGAGUCAGGCAUCGAUAUGGAGCGAAUGGCCAUGCUUCUCAAGCGCGACCGCAUCAAGAUCCUGAGCAGUCUCGAGAAAGACGCAAGCGAGAUCUUUGCAUCCAGCGUCAUAUCCGACUUCAUGUUUGGCUCAAUGAACGGCAAAGAUCUAGAGCGAUCGCUUAAAGAGCGCGAACGCUUCGAGACGCUACAGACUUGGUCGGCGGAGCAGUGGGCUGAAUUACUGCAAAACUAUUAUAUCGACGGAGCGUGCUUGUCAAUCGUUGGCAAACCGUCUGCUACGCUUGCCGAGAAGCUCGAGAAAGAGACCUCAGCACGACUGGAAGAGACCAGGGCAAAGUAUGGCGAAAAGGGUCUAGCAGAGCUAGCAGAGAAGCUAGAAGCGGCGCAGAAGGAAAAUGACAAAGAGAUUCCCAAGGAGAUCUUAUCAGACUACAAGAUCCCUGAUGUCAAGUCCAUACGAUGGAUAGACGUCCAGACUGCACGAGCUAGUGGUCUCUCGCCGCCGCUUGGAUCUGCUGCUCGCAAUGUGCAGGACUAUAUCGAACGGGACAAUGUCAAGCUACCCUACUUCGUUCAGUACGAUCACGUCGACAGCAACUUUGUUGAGAUCAACGUUGGCCUGUUCCCUACUCAUAUACCUGCGCAUCUUCGCUCUCUUGCGCCGAUCUACCUCAGCUCGUUCUUCUCGCUGCCGGUGACCAGGGAAGAUGGCACGAAGCUCAGCUUCGAGGACGUCGUCAAAGAACUCGAUCGUGAGACAGUCUCGUAUGACAUCUCGCUCGGCACUUCAAUGUCAGAGAUCUUUGAGCUCACUAUCAAAGCCGAGCGUUCCAAAUACGCUACCGUGAUCGCGUGGAUCAAUGACUUGCUCUUCGGCAGUGACUUUGACAUCAAUCGACUCAAGAUCACGGCAUCCAAAUUAUUGCAGAGCUUGCCAUCAGAAAAGCGUGACGGCGAGACCAUCGUGUCUGCCUUGUACCUCAGAGCGACAUCUGACGCUGACAAGUCAACGCGACGCACGCUGAACGUGCUCGACCGAUCAGAAUCGAUCUCAACAUUGCUCAAGCGACUCCAUGACGAGCCUGAGAAGGUGCAAGCUGAUCUUGACGAGUUCCGUACAGCACUCACAGCACCCGGCUCCAUGCGCAUUGGUGUAUCUGGCAACAUCCUAGGCAUAGAGAAGCCAGCCGCGGCUUGGACUGAACACUUUGCUCAAUUUUCGGCUCAAGACCAAGAACCAUCGAAGCAAGCGAGAACGGUGAACGGCGGCUCCCCCCGCUCCAGUCAGGUCGCUGCCCUUGAUCCCGUCUUGUCGGGUCGCGACGUGCUCAGCAAGCUCGGCCGGCAGCCUGCAAAGAAGGCAUUCCUGAUGAGCAUGCCAUCCAUCGAGAGCAGCUUCGCAUGGCACGCAGCAAAGGCGCCGACCGAUCUCAACCAUCCAGAUAUUCCCGCUUUGCGCGUCGCCUGCGCGAUCCUCAACGCCAUGGAGAGCUACCUCUGGAAGUUCAUCAGGGGUGCCGGGCUGGCCUAUGGCGCAUCGAUUCGACUCGACGUCGAGCGUGGCUUCGUCAUCUUCCGAGUCUACAAAAGUCCAGACAGCAGCAAGGCCUACCUAGAAGCAAAGCGCGUGAUGAGCAAGCUUGUCAAGGGCGAAAUCGAGCUGGACGAGCUCACACUGGAAUCGGCAAAGAGUAGCAUGGCCUACUCUGUUGCUAGUCGCGAGUCGAGCGUGUCCGAUGCUGCAGCUGUGUCGUUCAUCAAUCAAGCGCUAAGAGGUCUACCGCAAGAUCAAGAACGCGAGCUGCUCAGACGUGCAGGCGAAGUGACCGUGAAGCAGACCCUAGCUGCACUUGACAAGUACAUCCUGCCAAUCUUCAACGCGGACAGCUCCAUUGCUGCCAUUGCAUCAGCCAAGUCAAAAGCAGACGAUAUUGCUACUGCCCUCGAGAAGGAAGGCUUCUCUGUCGAGCGCACAACGCUCGAGCUAUCUGCAGCCGAGGAAGACGGCUCAUCUGGAUCCGACUCCGGCUCAGAAAGCAGCGCAUAA